GCUGAAGAGCACGGACCCGAAGACAAGAUAGGAGAGCAGAGCAGAGCAGAGCAGAGCAGAGCAGAUCAUAUGAAAGAUGAUGCAAAGGGAUGAGACGAACAGAUGAGAAGAAAGAACAGGUCAGGGACAGGAAGGGCAGCUUGUGAAGGACCAGAAUGAAUCCCCUUGCCCCGUAGGGAUGAACAAGUGAUGAUACACGGUAUCAUAGGGGUUUGCUCGAAGACAGGAAAGACCCUGUUCUCAAAGAAGUUCUCUCAUGCCUACGGUCUGCCUUCUUCACCCGAAUCCGACAGCAUCGAUACUCACAAGCUAGCUGCCCUGAUCUUUGCGUUCCAGCUGAACGCUGGCGCAUGCCUUUCUGAGACUGCAGGGAGCAAGAGCCCUGAUCCAGUCUCACUGAAGUUCCUCAGAUUCGGGAACAGCAUGAAGAUAUUCUUUCAUUGUCAUCCUGACUUCACCAACUUGAUCGUUGCCUUGUUUGUGGACGCGCAAAUGCAGGAAAAGGCCGCGAUGGACCUCAUGAAAGUCGUCUUCCUUCACAUACAGGAGUCCCUACCAGGACACUUGCCUUCAGGGUCAAGGUUCCUCUCCGGCAAGCUUCAGGGGGCAGGGGAGAUCGUCAAGUCGUCGAUGGUGCAGUACGCACAAGACCUCCUCUCCCAGCUCAUGGAAUCCAUGAACCACAACAAGAAGUCGCUGAGCUGGGGUUGGGCAUCUCUAGCGGAUCAGGAGCUGCCGUCCUGCCCCCCUAGUCACAUGGAUGCGGACCUGCCGCCGUCGUCAAGGGGCCCAGAG